UUGCGGCAUCGUUUAGGGUUUUAGGGUUUUUGUUUUCGCCGCAGAGAGCUUCAGAGGUAUCAACAAUGGUGGAGAAGACGAGUCGCGGAAGAAAAGAAGAGGUGGUGACCAGAGAGUACACCAUCAAUCUUCACAAGCGCCUCCAUGGAUGCACAUUCAAAAAGAAGGCACCAAAUGCCAUCAAGGAGAUUCGGAAGUUUGCUCAGAAGGCCAUGGGAACCACAGAUGUCAGGGUCGAUGUGAAGCUCAACAAGCACAUUUGGAGUCGGGGGAUCCGAAGUGUGCCGAGGAGGGUUCGUGUUCGCAUUGCUCGCAGAAGGAACGAUGAGGAAGAUGCCAAAAAGGAGCUAUACUCUCUGGUAACAGUCACUGAGGUUCCACCAGAGGGUCUCAAGGGAUUAGGCACUAAGGUCAUCGAUGGAGACGACUGAACCAUAUACUAGAUUGUUGGUAAUUCCUUUUUGUUCCAAGUCUAUUUCACCGCAGAGUCUGGUUCAUUUUUGUUCCAACUGUUUCACUUUGAAACCAAGACACAGUUAAUAGUAACUUAGAUUGUACUCCAUACGAUGAUUUCUAUCCUUCAUUAUGAGGUGGCCAUUAUUGUUUUCUGGAGGCAUCACGAGAGCAUCUAUUAUAUGAGAAAUACUUAAUGUUCUUGUUUCCUAAUAACAUGGUCACAUCGGCACGUGUCAAGCCGGUCAUUUC